AUGACCGACGGUGGCCCCCCUCCGAGUUUCCCACCGCUCAUUUCGAAUCCAGCCGACGAUGAGGGCCCCAGGAUCCUAGCCGCUACGCUUACGACCUGUAUAGCGGCCUUCAUCGCCGUCUCAGCUCGAUGCUAUGUGCGAGGCUUCAUGAUUCGGAGUUUUGGCUGGGAUGAUGCCUUGAUGCUGUUUGCUCUCCUUGUCUCGGUGGGUAGCCAAGGCGUUGUCAUCUCAGAGGUUCACCAUGGCGCUGGACGACACAACGGCGAUAUUCCGCCAAACGACUUCGAGAUCGGCAUGAUGCUCAACUACAUCACGCAAAUCACGUAUCUGGUCGCCAUCUGCUUCGUGAAGCUCUCCCUCGGGGCUUCACUCCUUCGCAUCGCCACCACCAAGUUUUACCGCUGGCUGAUCCAGGGCUUGUUUUGCUUCACUGCCGUAUACACGGCCAUCAGUGUGAUUACUAUUUUCAUCCAGUGCACAGACAUCCGAAUGAAUUGGGAUUCGUCAAUACCCCGCCAGUGCUGGGGACAGGAGGUUCUCAAGCCGCUCGGUUAUACCAACUCGGUCAUCGGCAUUAUUACCGAUCUCUGCUUUGCUCUCUUCAUCCCCAUCCCGAUGCUUUGGAAUCUCAACGUCACUCGCCGCACCAGACUCACGCUCUAUGCCAUCCUCGGCCUCGGAGCCUUCGCCUGCUCCGCAGCCAUAGUCAAGAUCACAUUCCUGGGUGAUUAUGGAAAGUUGGGCGAUUGGAUGUACGAUUCUGCGGACAUGACCAUUUGGUGGGUUGUCGAGUGCAACGUCGGCAUCGCAGCUGGAAGUCUGCCGACUCUGCGUCCCUUGUUCUCGCGCUUCCUUGGCAGCGUCUACGGGGCCAAUUCCAGGAUGUCAGGAAACAAGGGAAGUACCCUCGCCACCGAUAAGGGAAAGUCGUUGGCCAGCGCCGCCCGUAGCAGGAACUGGCAGCCACUGGGAAGCUCCGUGUCGGGGCCUGUCGAGACGAAUAGCCAAAGUGACUUGCACUUUGCUAAAGAAGAAGACACGUUCGAGAUGAGCAACAAGUAUGGCUUUGGGGGGAAGACCUUUGCUGCCCGGGAUAGCAGCGUGGAGUCGGUCGAUGGCGAUGGAAUACGAAAGACCACUGUAACAGAGGUUUCGUACUCUCGGCCCAGUUAG